AUAAUACGAGAAUGGUUGGAGCCACCUUCCACCCACCUAAACCAAAAUACUUCUCUUUCCUUCCUUCCAUCCCAUUUCUAAAAGUCAAUCAAACCUUUUUCUUCUUCCAUGGAUUCAUCCUUAAUCUUAUGCCUGAAUCGAUGGUUUAUCAUAUUUUUUGUGGCAACACCCUUCAGUCCAUCCACAAAUGUUUUGGCCAACUGCUUUAACUCCAUCUUCAACUUCGGAGAUUCCCUUUCCGAUACUGGAAACCUCUUCAUCAAUUGUAAUUCUAACAACCCUCCCAAUUUUUGCUUUACUCCAUAUGGAGACACAUUCUUCCAUCGUCCCACCGGCCGAUUCUCCGACGGACGUCUUAUUAUAGACUUCAUUGCUCAAUCUCUGGGGAUUCCCUUGCUACAGCCAUAUCUGGGUGUAGAAACACAGAGGAUGAGCAUUGAUGAAUUUGAGAAGGGGUUGAAUUUUGCGGUCGGCGGAGCAACGGCUCUCAAUGCAUCGUAUCUUCGAGAAAAGGUGUUUGUUGAAGUACCCACGAAUUACUCUUUGUCUGUUCAGUUGGAAUGGUUCAGGAAGGCUUAUUCUUUGGCUUGUCCGUCCUCUUCCUCUACAAGAUGCACAGAAAUCCUGAAGAAAUCGCUAUUUGUGGUGGGAGAAAUAGGAGGCAAUGAUUACAAUUACCCAUUUUUCAAGCAACAUAGCUUUGAAGAAAUUAAAUCACUCGUGCCAUUGGUGGUUAAAUCAAUUGGUUCAACAAUUACAGAAUUGAUUCAUUUGGGUGCACAGAGUUUACUGGUUCCUGGAAAUCUUCCAAUUGGGUGUAGUUCAAAAUAUCUCCAAAUUUAUUCAACUUCAAUCCAAGACUCUAAAAAUGGUUGUUUGGAUUGGCUGAAUCAAUUUUCUGAAUAUCACAACAAAUAUCUUCAAGAAGAAUUGAACCGAAUUCGAUCUCGACAUCCCAAUGUACAAAUCAUAUAUGCAGAUUACCACAAUUCUGCCAUGCAAUUCUACAAUCACCCAGAAAAUUUUGGAUUGAAAAAUACCUUGGAGGCUUGUUUGGUGGAUAGAAACGAAACAUUGAAGAAAGAUGGGAAAUAUGGAUUAGGAGGAAAAACAAAAACAAAAACAAAAAUAGAAUGUGAUGAUCCUUCCAAAUAUGUUAGUUGGGAUGGUGUUCACUUGACAGAAGCAGCAUAUAGGUUAAUUGCCAUGGGUUUAUUACAAGGUCCAUACACUCACCCUCAAUUCACUACUUCAUGUAUUAUUUCACACAAUCUCCCUACUAACUUAUUUCAAUUGCAAUGAACUCUAAGUUGUUCUUAUUUUUUGUCCU